GUGCAAUCCUGUUUCUACAGCACAUUGCCCCCUUGACGGCCAGCAGCCACCAACGAGAGAACCAAGUGACCCAAGACCCAAAAACAACAACUGCUUCCAACACCCACAACCCACAAACAUCCAUCCUGAUACCCUGCCACAGACCACAGAGCAAGUAAUAAUUAAUUGGUGAACGAUGAUAGAUUCCCAGCAUGACGAAAACAACGAUGAUGAAGAUGAUCCAAGCAUCAGUACGUUGAUGAUCCUGUUGGAAGACGAAGAAGAAGCAAUGGAGGACGCGAGCCCUGAUGAUGAGAGUGGCGAGUCAUCGGCGGAUCCUCUUCACGUGGACCGCUUACUGUCGCCACAGCGAGACGCUCGCAUGGAAUUGACGGACCAAGAACAUGCGUUUGCCUUGGAGAUCAAACGAGCCGUCAUGGAGAACACGGGAUGCCAAGAUGAUGUGGACUUGAGUUCCUCGGCAAAUUUCUUGACGGACAUGGAAUACGCCACCUUUGCCAUUUCAUCCGACAGUCUGGCCGAAGCACUGCAUCGCGUGGAACGAAUGCAAACGUUUCGAGACCACUACGGGAUCCAUCACUCGGUCGAACAAGGUUUAGCGCGACUGAUGGGUAUUCAACAACAACAACCUGGAUUCUGUCUCCACAUUGACAGCGAUCCAGAAGCCAAUACGGCCGUCAAUGUCAUUGAUUUUGGUUCCUACGAUCCCGACUUGUCAUUGUCUUCUGACCAGCACUGGCAAACGUACAUUACGGGAUUGUAUUAUAUGAAAUACGCCGCCGCACUCAACUUGGCCAGUGUACGGAAUGGACUCUUUGCCAUGGCAGAUUUUGGACGCAUCCAAGUGGCAGGAUUGCAUCCGGAAGCGUGGUUGCGCGUCUUUACCGAACUCAUGGCACAUUUCCCCAUCAACUGGCAUAUUUUCAUGGCAUACAAUACCGGAUAUGCCGCUACCACUAUACUGGCUCUGGCCAAACGAAUCAUUCCUUGGAAAGCUACCAGGGCCAUGCAAGCGGGAUGUCGGAUUGUAGACGACCAGUGUGACGGUACAAAUGGUGGAAAUCCCAUGCGACACUUGGCAGAGUUCUAUCUCCUGCCCGACCUGGAAACGGCAAAUGCCAACUUGUUGGCGCGGGCCGAAACAAUGUUGCGGGAGAGGAUACACAAGGAACAAACGUUUCGGUUGUAGGUCAGCUAGCUCAAUUCAUUCAUUCAUUCAUUCAUUCAUGCCUUGUGGGUGGUACGGUAGUAGGGGUUUCCGUGCAGUGGGAUUGGGUGUCAUGGUUAUUGAUUUAUACUUUUGGGAAGCUACACGACAAUAACAUAACAAGUUCGCCUUCCACCAAAGCAGCGGAUUGGUUUUUAAAGUUGCGGUAUCUCGGGUGGAUCAAUCAAUCAAUUAUUGAAGCAGAGCAGAGCAGAGCAGAAGGCCCAUUGUCCAACAGAUGGCAGCGGGUUGGCGAUACCGUAGCAUUCAAACCCAACGAAUACUCCAGGCGUGGCGCCACGACAAUCUCCUGGUACCACACCUGACAUCUGACAUCUCCCCAUGUCCACCAUGCACCAGUCCGUGGACCGUCACUCCAUGUCUUGCCGCUGAUACUACCCCCGGUACGGCUAGGUCUCGUGGCAACAGCAGUGUGCGUUGAUCGGGUGCUGGAUUGGGAAAAGCCAUGCAGCAGUGGGCCAAGGGAUACCGUACCGUAUUGUACCGGGUAGGACGUAAUCUCAGGGGAAGUCUCCGCACCAACGUAGGGUCCAAUGGCUCAAAAGAGGGGCCUUUCUUGGGGCCAUCAGUCUGCCUCGAAUGCCGGAAUGGCCUACGGUGAACACGCUAUACCAUUAGUAUUAAAAUUGCAUGAUUGCAUGGAUACCGAUAUCGAUGACGACCAAGAAGCUGCCUGAGCUCCAAUGACUUGUACUACUACAACUAACUAGCUAGGAGCACUCAUGGGUGUCCUCGCGAGCACUUACAUUAAGGCAUUGCAGUCGCCUGCUGAAUCACUAGACGCUUCUCAAAUGCAGAGGCGCUGACGAUACCAGU